CAAGCAUGAAGCGUGGCCCAGUGCACGGCCGUGCGCGCCAGACCUAAGUCCUCUGACGGACGUAUUUAUGCGCAUAGGGUGUUGGGGGGAAAUGCUAGAACGUAGCCGCGCCCUUCAGGUGUAAUAGCAAAACAGGACUCGAAGCACCCAACAUCAACCGACUUCCGCAGGUCUCUUGUAUGCCUUGAGUUUUUGGAAGUCUUAUUUGCCUCUAUCCUUGGCAAUCUUACUCGUAGAAAGGAGCUAUCAUGACGAGCGUAACGGACUCCAACAACGGCUCCUGCCAGUCGACCAUUCUCCUUUUUGGACCACAUGUCGGCACCUUCACUAAGCCUUCGAUGGACAGGCUGGUCCGGCCGCUCGCUCACUCCAGCCACCGAGACUGGAUCCUCGACACAGUCGCCGGGCUGCCAACCUACUGGGAUGCGCUGACUGACAAGGUACCCAACAUCGCUGACGCAAUCCCAGGCCGACGGCAACUAGCCGAUCUCGAUUCAUGGUUGCGGCACGGCCUCGUCGACGUCGCGCAGGACGAUGCCAGCCUGUUGCCGAGCAUCGUGGUCGGACCGCUGGUGGUAUUCCUGCAGCUAGCUCAGUACUGGCGCUACCUCGAGCUCACACGGCCCGGAUCUUCAGAUCCACAAGCGGACUUGGUGGCACGCCAGAAGCAGCGAGGAGGGGCUGGUCAGGCUGAGGUGGAGUCUUUGGGUUUCUGUGCCGGGCUGCUGGCCUCGGUGGCCGUCGCGAGCGCCAAGAGCCGGCAGGAGUUCCGCCAGUACGGCGCCGUGGCAGUGCGGCUGGCGAUGCUGCUCGGAGCGCUGAUCGAUGCCCAAGAAGUGUGGGACAAGCGUCGCGGCAAGGGCGGUUCCGUGUCAUACGCGAUAGCAUGGCGUGGCCAGACGCAGGCUAACGAGGUAACGCGCAUCCUGGAGGGCUUGGCACCGGACGCAUAUGUUGCCGUCGUGUAUGACGAGGCCCGCGCCACGGUAACCACGUCCCGGCGCACGUCUGCUCUUCUCCUGAGCCGACUGCAGGCCGCGGGGGUCACGGCGGCCGAGAUCGGCAUCAAGGGCUAUAUCCACAGUCCGGGCGCGGACCGGAAGGACGAUGCCGAGCGUCUCGUCGACCUGUGCCGGUCUUUCGACGAUCUGCAGUAUGCCGACGCAGCCUCCCUCGCGCUGCCAACCUACAACAACCAGGCCGAGGGCAGACCCGUGUCCCAAGAGAGCGGCAACAUGACAGAGAUGGUGCUGCGCGCCAUCCUGGUGCAGCAGUGCAAUUGGUAUGGCACGUUCCGAGCUGCCACGGAGGGCGAGGGCAAGAAGCCCUUUGUGGUCACGUUUGGCCUCGAGCGUUGCAUUCCGCCCUCUCUGAUGCGGAGGCUCGGAACUCGCCAAGUGCACUUCGAGGACGACCAGGCAAAUCGGGACAUGCUCUUGGCUCCUACUGGUAGUCCUCCGCCUCCCGCAGCUCCUAGUACCAGCAGCAGUAUCCAAGCGCAGCCGCAACAUGCUCAUGGACGCCUCGCCAGUGACGACAACACGGAAGCCAUAGCGGUGAUUGGCAUGUCGGUCAAGACCGCCGGCGCCGACGACUUGGAAGAGUUUGCCGAGAUGCUCAAGACGGGCCAGUCGCAGCACGAGCCGAUCACGCGGGAGCGGCUCAUGCACGAUAUGCUGUUCCGGAAGGCAGCAGACAGCGGCGGGCCCAACAGCCGGUUCUACGGCUGCUUCCUGCGGGACGCCGAUGCGUUCGACCACAAGUUCUUCAAGCGAAGCCCGCGCGAGUCGGCGGCCAUGGAUCCGCAGAGCCGUCUGGUGCUGCAGGCCGCCUACCAGGCCGUCGAGCAGUCGGGCUACUUCACCGAGACACCGCCCGUGCGCGACGACGACGGCGACGACGGCCGCGACAGGCGGCAUGUCGGCGUCUAUCUAGGCUCUUGCGGCGUCGAUUACGAGCACAACAUCACCUGCCACGAGCCCAAUGCCUUCACGGCGACAGGGGCGCUGAAGAGCUUCAUCACGGGCCGCGUGUCGCACUACUUUGGCUGGACCGGCCCGUGCAUGACGUUUGACACGGCGUGUUCAUCCUCGGCCGUGGCCAUCCACACGGCCUGCCGCAACCUGCUGUCGGGUGAGUGCACGGCGGCGCUGGCGGGGGGGUCCAACAGCAUCACCAACAUGCUCUGGUUCCAGAAUCUCAGCGCCGGCAGCUUCAUCAGCCCGACGGGCCAGUGCAAGCCGUUUGACGACGCCGCCGACGGCUACUGCCGCGCCGAGGGCCUGGCCUUUGUGUUCCUCAAGAAGCUGUCCGACGCGGUCCGUGACGGCAACCCCGUGCUGGCCACCAUCGCCAGCACCGCCGUCUACCAGAACCAGAACUGCACGCCGUUGUUUGUGCCCAACUCGCCAUCGCUGUCGGCCCUGUUCAGGUAUGUGAUGCGCCAGGCAGGUGUCGCGCCCCGCGACGUGUCCCUCGUCGAGGCCCACGGGACCGGCACGCCGGUCGGAGACCCGGCCGAGUGGGAGAGCAUCCGCCUUUCGCUCGGUGGCCCGGGCGUCGGCCGGGACAAGAAACUGCCCGUCGGCUCGGUCAAGGGCCACGUUGGCCAUACCGAAGGCGCGUCGGGCGCCAUUGCGUUGGUCAAGAUCGUCAUCAUGAUGCGCGGCCGCUUUAUCCCUCCGCAGGCCAGCUUUACCAAACUGAGCCGCAAUAUCGAUGCGCGGCCCGACGACAUGAUGGAAGUGGUCACGGAACUGCGGCCCUGGGCGGGCGCGCACAAGAUCGCCCUCCUCAACAACUAUGGCGCAUGCGGCUCCAACGCAAGCCUCAUCGUGACCGACCCGCCGCCCCAAUGCUUGCCGGUGCCGAUGCGCAGCGGUAGUGGCGCCUGGGAUCGUGCGGAAGAGGGGGCGAGGCGGUAUUAUCCCUUCUGGAUCGCGGGCCUCGACACCCGGGCCAUUUCCGCGUACUCGGCCAAGCUGGUGGCAUACCUGCGGUCAUCAUCCUGGUGCCCCCGACAGGACAUCACGCUGGCCGACAUCUCCUUCAACGUGAACCGGCAGUCCAACCGCGGCCUGCCGCAAGGCUUCAUCUUCCGCUGCCGCUCGGUGGCCGAGCUGCACGAGAAGCUGGACCAGGCCGCCGGCGUCGCCCGCUCCGGGAACCGGCUCGACCAAGACGCCGCGGCGGCAAGCGUCGGAAUUGCGCCAGUACCAGCCGAGCGGCCCGUCAUCCUGUGCUUUGGCGGCCAGGUGUCCGGCUUCGUCGGGCUUGACCGCGGGCUCUUCGACAGCGCGGUCGUGCUGCGCCGGCACCUGGACGACUGCGACGCCGCCGUGGCCUCCCUCGGGCUGGGCAGCAUCUACCCGGACAUCUUCGCGCGAGAGCCGGUGCGGGACCCGGUCAAGCUGCAGACGGCGCUGUUUGCCCUGCAGUAUGCGUGCGCCAGGAGCUGGCUGGACUGCGGUCUCCGGACCAAGGUCGCCGCCGUCGUGGGCCACAGUUUCGGAGAGAUCACGGCGCUGUGCGUGGCCGGCGUCCUCGGUCUGGAGGAUACGGUGAAGCUCGUGGCGGCACGGGCCGGGCUGGUGCGCGAUGGCUGGGGUGACGACCCGGGCGCCAUGAUGGCCGUGGAAGCCGCCGACGAGACGCUCGUCCGUGAGCUCCUGGAGGAGGCGAAUCGCAUCCGUGGCGCGAACGGCGCUGCCCGCGCCCAGAUUGCGUGCUACAACGGCCCACGGAGCUUCACCGUCGCCGGGUCGACCGGCGCCGUCGAGGCGGUGCAGACAACCAUCACCUCGGACCCCGGCAGGUUCGGGGCGGUCAAGAGCAAGCGACUCGGCGUGACGAACGCCUUCCACUCCGCCCUCGUCGACAGACUGGCGGAUGGGCUAGGGCAGGUCGGGAAAGAGCUCACCUUCCACCCACCCUCGAUUCCCGUCGAGCGCGCCACGGAAGCACCGUCCGACGCAAGCCAGACGGACUGGAGGUUCGUGCCUCGACAGAUGCGUGAGCCUGUCUUCUUCCACCACGCGGUGCAGCGCUUGUCCCAGCGCCACCCGCAAGCCAUUUUCCUCGAAGCGGGCUCCAACUCGACCGUCACCGUCAUGGCAGCCAGGGCCCUCGCCCAAAGCCAGCCUCCGCGCUCCUCCUCGUCGAGUCACCACUUCCAAGCCGUGUCCGUCACCAACUCGGACACGGGCGUCGACGGGCUGGUGGACGCGACGGUUUCGCUGUGGAACCAGGGCUUGCGCGUCUCCUUCUGGCCACAUCAUGCCCUGCAGGCGCAGGAGUACGCGCAGUUGCUGCUGCUGCCGCCUUACCAGUUCGACAAAUCCUCGCGCCACUGGCUUCCCAUCAAGUCGCCCCUCGAGGCGAUCAACGAGGCGGCAAGGGCCCUAGUCUCCGGUGGUGGCGAGCUCGCAGGAGCUCCACGGCAGCUGCGCCAGGAUCAGAACCAGCCCAAUACUAGCGAUCCCAAGCGGCUGGGUCUGUGGCAUUUUGUCGGGUACCAAGACAGCGGGAGGAGGAGGAGGAGGAGAACGGCGCGCUUUCGCAUCAACACAGAAUCGGAGAAAUACAGGCACUUCGUCCUGGGCCACGUCAUCGUGCAGACGGCGCCGAUUUGCCCCGGCACGCUCGAGUGCGACAUCGUGAUCGAGGCGCUGUUCAGCCUCCUCCCGGACGCUCGCGCGUCGGGUGUGCAGCCCGAGGUGCGCGACAUGGUGAACCACACGCCCAUCUGCGUGGACCCGACCCGCGUCGUCUACCUGGACCUCUCGCCCCUGGACAGAACCCGCACACAGUGGCGCGCGCACAUCUUCAGCACCAACGAGACGUCGGUCGUUCACGUUCUUCAAACGCACGCCGAGGCCCGCGUCUCCAUGCGGGCCCCCACCGACGCCGCCUACCUCGGCGCGUUCGGCCAGCUCGCCCGCCUCGUCAGCCACGCGCGCUGCCUCGAACUGCUCAACCUCGGCCUCGACAGCGACGGCGUCGAAGUGCUGCAGGGCCGCCACGUCUACCGCUCCUUCGGCGCCAUCGUCGACUACGCCGACAUCUACCGCGGUGUGCGCUACCUCGUGGGGCGCGGCGCCGAGUGCGCCGGCCACGUGCAGCUGCCGCGGCACCUUCGCGGGAACACGUGGCUGGACGUGCCGCUGAGCGACAGCUUCAGCCAGGUCGCCGGGCUGUGGGUCAACCUCAUGACCGACCUGCCGCCGGGUGAUAUGUACAUCGCCACGGCGUGUGAGCGGUCGAUGCGCGCCGCCGUCGUGUCGCCGCCCCGGGAGGCGACCGACGUGUGGCAUGUCUACGCGCGCCAUGCGCCACAAGGGGGGGACAAGGGGUACCUGUCGGAUCUGUUUGUCUUUGAGGCCGCGACGGGAGCGCUGGUCGAGGUCAUGCUCGGCGUGCACUAUGGCCGGGUGGCGAAGGCGUCGAUGAGCAGGAUGCUGGCGCGCAUGACGACCGACGAGUCGGUGCUGCGCGCCAACCCCAAGGUCUCGCAGCCCCCUCCGCGCACCGUCGCCACUGCUGCUUCCAAGCAGGGAGUCAGCACUACGACCAGUCCUAGUCGUAGUAGUAAGAAACGGGUGCAAAAGAAGGGCAAGGGCAAGGGCAAGGGCAAGGGCAAGGGCAAGACAUCCUCGGGCCGGCGGGACAUCACCGACGAGGUACGCAACCUCGUGGCCGGCGUGUCGGGCAUCGAAGCCAGCGAGAUAGAGCUCGACUCGGAGAUGGCCGACUUCGGCAUUGACUCCCUGAUGGGAAUGGAGCUGGCGCGGGAAGUGGAGCUGGCCUUCCGCUGCAAGCUGGACCAGGCCGAGCAGAUGGAGGCUACCAGUCUGCGCAAGUUUGUCGCGUGCGUAGCAAAGGCCCUUUUUGGCCCGGACGCGGAAGGGGACCAGGACAGCUCGGUUGACGAUGAGGACGAGGACGAGGACAAAAGCGAUUCCUGCGCCACGACUGGCGAAGGCGGGACAUGGUCGUCGGAGGCUGGCCAGGAGGACCCAGUCAAGAGCUCAUCCGGUUCAGGGACUCCGGACUCGGGCAUCUACAUUCCUCCUCCCCGGCAGAAGGCAGCCCAGAAAGGAGCCGAGCACGUUUCGAGCAAGCCCCUGACAACACCAGGUCCAGCUACCGUGCCACCGCCGGCCGUGAGCACCCUGGCACUGUUGCCAUCAGACGUGCUCGAGGCCUUCGGCGAGGUCAAGCUGGCUACGGACAGCCUCAUGUGCGAAUACCGGAUUGACAAGACCGAAACGGCCCAUAUGGCCGGAAGCAACCGUCUCUGCGCGGCGCUCGUCGUCGAGGCCUUCGACGAGCUCGGCUCGCCCCUCCGAACCGCCGCCCCCGGCCAGCGGCUCGACCGCGUGCCCUUCCUCCCGCAGCACGAUCGGCUGGUGCAGUGCCUGUACGAAUUCCUCGAGCGCGACGCCCGCCUCAUCGACGUCGACCCCGACCCCGACGCCGCAGCCGGCCAGCAGCUGACACGCACCCACAUCGCCGCCCCGCGCAAGACGAGCGACGCCGUCCUCCAGGAGCUCCUGGCCGCCCACCCAGAGUUUGCCGUGCCCAACCGGCUGACCUACUACGCUGGCAAGCAGCUGGCGGGCGUGCUCAGUGGCCGGACCGACGGCAUCCGGGUGCUCUUCGGCAGCCCGGAGGGCCGCGAGCUGACGGCCGCCAUGUACUGCGAGCACACCUUCAACCGAAUGAAUUACGAGCAGAUGCGUCGCGUGGUGGAGCGCUUGGCCGAGCGCCUCCAGAGUCGGGCCCACGGCGGCGGCGCCGCGGCAGAGGAGACGGGGAAGACGCUCAAGGUGCUGGAGAUGGGCGCCGGCACGGGCGGCACCACGCUCGUCAUGGCGCCGUUUCUGGCGUCGCUCGAGGCGCGCGGCAUCCUGCGCGUCGAGUACACCUUCACGGACCUGUCGCCGUCCAUGGUCGCCAACGCGCGUCGGCGGUUCGGCAAGCUGUAUCCGUUCAUGCGGUUUGCCGUGCACGACAUCGAAAAGCCGCCGGCGCCGGAGCUGCGCGGACAGCACCUGGUGCUGGCCAGCAACGCCAUCCACGCCACGCACAGCCUGGUCGUCUCGGCGGCGAAUGUGCGGCAGGCUCUGCGGGCCGAUGGGUUCCUCAUGAUCCUGGAGAUGACCGAGGUGGCUCCCUUCAUCGACCUUGUCUUCGGUCUGCUGGAGGGUUGGUGGCUGUUCGACGACGGGCGGACGCAUGCGGUGGUGCCGGCAGAACACUGGGAGCGCGACCUACAUUCGGCCGGCUUUGGCCAUGUCGACUGGACGGACGGGCAUCUGGCCGAGAACGCGUUCCAGAAGGUCAUCAUUGCGUUGGCCUCCGGGACCCAGGGGGCGCGCCUGCCGAAGCCAGCUCCGAGGCUGACGACCGAGCUCGACAGAGGCGAGGAGGUGGUAUUAGCUCGUACCGCCGAGGCAGACAGGCUCGUCGCGAGAUACUCAGCGGGCUGGGCCACGCCAAGACUGCAAGCCCUCAGCACGCAAAGGGAGAAAAAGCAAGAGCAGACGAAGCGUAGCAGGGUUAGCAAGGUGGCCCGCGACGCUGUCGUUCUGGUGACAGGCGCCACCGGGAGCCUAGGCUCGCAUCUGGCGCAGAAGCUAGCCGAGAGCCCUGUCGUCGCGCAGGUCGUGUGCCUCAACCGCCGCCACAGCAGCAGCGGCGGCCUAUCUCCCGACAAGCGACAGCAAGAGUCGUUUCUAUCCAAAGGCAUUGUGCUCUCGCCAGGGGCACGUGCGAAGCUGCGUGUCCUCGAAACCGUCACGUCCCAGCCGCACCUGGGCCUGCCACCGCACGAGUACAACUGGCUCGUGCAGAACGGCACCCACAUCGUGCAUAACGCGUGGCCCAUGAGCGGCACGCGGUCCGUCGGCGCCUUCGAGCCGCAACUACAGACCAUGCGAAACCUGCUCGACCUGGCGCGCGAGAUGGCCACUGCUACUAGUAAUACUCACGACGAUAGCAGCCCCGGCAUCCGCGUCGGAUUUCAGUUCGUCUCGUCCAUCGGCGUGGUCGGCUACGCGGGGGAGGCGCGCGUGCCCGAGCGCCGUUUCCCCCUUUCGGCCGCCCUUCCCAGCGGCUACUGCGAGGCCAAAUGGGUGUGCGAACGCAUGCUGGACGAGACGCUACAUCGGUACCCGGGCCUAUUCCGACCCAUGGUGGUGCGGCCGGGCCAGAUUGCUGGGUCCUCCGCCAGCGGGUACUGGAACCCCGUCGAGCACUUUGCCUUCAUGGUGAAGUCGGCCCAGGCCCUGCGCGCAUGGCCCGACCUCGACGGCGUGUUGCAGUGGAUUCCCGUAGACCACUGCGCCGGUGUCGCUGCUGAUUUGCUCAAGCUCGGUUCUGUUGCUGCCGAUGAUGAUGUCCCGGACGCAUAUCCCGUCUACCACAUCGACAACCCCGUCGGUCAACGGUGGAAAGACAUGUCGCCUGUGCUGGCCGCCGCGCUGAACAUUCCGCGCGAGGCUAUCAUUCCCUUCAAGAGCUGGAUCAAGCGGGUCCGUCGGUCGCCCCUGCAUAUCGAGACAGAGAACCCGGCAGCUCGUCUUGUUGACUUCCUCGACGAACACUUUGAGCGCAUGUCCUGCGGUGGCCUGAUUUUAGACACGACUAAAGCGAAGGAACACUCCCCUACGAUGGCGAGAGUGGGCCCCGUAAGUGCCGAGACCGCCCGUCUCUAUAUAGUGGCUUGGAAGCAGACGGGGUUUUUGCAUUGGUAAAUGGUUUCAAGUGUUAGAACAACAAAGGAAGCGGAGAGGGGAUACUCUGAUGGGUUUCUUUUCAUUAAAAGGGGCUAAUUAAUGGAUUUUAGUCAGUUAGUUAGUAGUUAUGACAGCUUAUUUGGG